CAUUUGGAAAGCAAGGAGAUACGAACUUACGAAGUGCUCAGCUCUUUACUUAUCUGGACAGAAAUGGCUGAACCUUCUCUUCACCUGAAAAAAUUGGAAGGCAAAGUUGCGAUCAUCACAGGCGGUGCAAGCGGCAUAGGGGAGGCAACAGCACGACUUUUCUCCACUCACGGUGCAUUAUUGGUAGUCAUUGCCGACAUCCAAGACGAAAAGGGCCAAAAAGUAGCAGAAUCCAUUGGCUCAAAUAAUUGCAGCUACGUCCAUUGUGAUGUUUCUGAUGAAAACCAAGUCCAAGGCAUGGUUGAAUGGACUCUAAAGACUCAUGGCCGACUUGACAUCAUGUUCGCCAAUGCCGGAAUAUUCAAUAAGUCAUCUCAGACCGUUCCAGAUCUCAACUUAUCCUAUCUGCAGCAAGUUUUCUCCGUCAAUGUUGCUGGGAUGGCUGCGUGCGUGAAGCAUGCGGCUCGCGCAAUGAUCGAUCAGGGCAUCAAGGGUAGCAUAGUCUGCACAGCGAGUACGGCCGCGAGCCGUGGAGCAGAAGUUCGGACUGAUUAUUACAUGUCCAAGCAUGCAGUUUUGGGACUGAUGAGAUGUGCGAGCAAGCAACUGGGAGAGCACGGAAUAAGGGUGAAUUCUGUGUCGCCUUACAUGGUGGCGACACCUUUGGUUUGUAAUAACCUAAACAUGACGGUGGAGGAAGCUGAAGCGUCUUAUCCACUUCCAUGUUUGAAGGGGCGGGCGUUAAAGGCUAAUAAUGUGGCAGAUGCUGUUCUGUUCCUUGCCUCAGAUGAUUCUUCUUGUAUCACCGGCCAUGACCUACUGGUUGAUGGUGGUUCAAAAAUAUGAUAAAUGGUUACUCUCUCAACAAAGGGUCUCCAGAUUUCAAGGAUCCAUGCAUCUAGGUAAUGACCAUUUGGAGCUUUAAGCCAUAUAAGGUAAGGAUCUAGCUAGAAUCACCAAUCAUGCUCAAAUUUGAUUUUUUUUUUCCCGAUCUAUAUUACUCCUAUCCUAUGAGGGAGAGGGUAAAUCCAAUUGAACUUGUAUGAGAGGAUCAGGAGAUGAACCUCCAGACUAGGCAAUAUGUAAUAAUCAUUUAGAAUAAUGAUCGUUGGUCAUUAGAAUAAAGUCCAAUGGUUGUGGCCAAAU